AUGAAGCCUGAACCAUCGACCACAACUGAAACAAUAGAGGAAAAGAAAGAGCAAUGGGAAGAAGAAGCUGAAGAAGAGGAAGAUGAUGAACCCGAUGAAUGGGAUCAAAGAAUAAUUAAUACUGGUUGCCAUAAAGAGAAUUUAAAAUUACAAUUGUGCCAUGCUGAUACUGGUGAUUGGAGGCAAUGUACGAAAGAAUUGCAAGCUUUCAAAGAAUGCUGGGAUAAGAAUAAAAACAAUGAAAGAACCCUGACAGUUGAUAACUGA